UCUGCCCCACCAUGGCGUACAACAAAGGCUUCAAUCCAGAUAAGCUGCCUGCGCACGCGGAGCCUGAGCAGGCUGCUGCUCUCCUCUCGCAAAACUCAGCCUCGUCGCGCCCGCCCCGGACCUCGUCGGCGCGCCCUGACUACAACAAACCUCCCCCGCCUGCACCAAGCGGCCGACCAGACCUCCGCCCAGAGCACCGAUACGGCGGCGGAAGCAGUGGAGGCUACGACAGCAGACCUCCUCCAGGCGCAUACAACGACCCGCGUUACGAGGGGCGCGGUAAUAGCCCCCGAUUCGAUCGUGAUCCCCGCCACGACGGCUACGGCUCUCCUCCACCACAGAACUACGGUCACGGGCCCCCACCGCAGGGCUACCAUGGCCGACCGCCCAUCGCGCAACGGCCACCGCCCACACCUGCUCCACCGAGGGAUGCGAAUGAUAGGGAGGCGCUGUGGAGGUUGUUCGGUGCGGUGGACAAGGAUGGAAGCGGGAACCUGACCGAAGCGGAACUGAGGACCGCCCUUGUGAACGGAGAUUGGUCGCCUUUCGAUCCUCAUACCGUGCGCAUGAUGAUUCGAAUGUUUGACACCGACCGCUCAGGCGCUGUCAACUUUGAUGAGUUCUGUGGCCUGUGGGGCUUCCUCUCCGCAUGGCGCGGCCUCUUCGACCGCUUCGACGCCGACCGCUCAGGUAGCAUCUCCUACAGCGAGUUCAGCGAAGCCCUCGUCGCAUUCGGCUACCGCCUCUCGCCCCAGUUCGUGCGGCUACUCUACAGCACGUAUGACAGGCGGGGUGACAACAACAUGAGCUUCGACCUGUUUGUGCAGGCGUGCAUCAGUCUGAAGCGCAUGACAGAUGUGUUCAAGAAAUAUGACGACGAUCGGGAUGGGUAUAUCACGCUGAGCUUCGAGGAGUUCCUGACAGAAAUCAUCCGCCAGCGAUAAUACUACGGAUCUUUUGGAUCACGCAUCAUGAGCGUGCCCGGUCCAUUGCGCCCGAUGUGGCCUGUUCGGCCUUUGGAAGUGCUUUGGCCCAUCUGCAGGGAUCAUGUACCUCGGGGACUCUCAAUGCAGGACUGCUUCCUGGACGACCCGAUUGUGGAAUCCGGGCAGCAGCACUGGUUUGGAUAAAGGCCUGAUUUGUCACGAAUUUCAAUCUUCUCGACGCAGUGGACACUGCUCAGCUACCUAGACAUACACACGAG